AAUGGACAAGCCCAAAGUCCUCAGCUGCUCCUCACAGGAUAUUCCUCCCAGCCCUUUCACCAGCUUUGUUGCUCUCCUCUGGAUGCACUCAAGGACCUUCAUGUUCUUCUUAAAUUGUGGGGCCCAGAACUGCACACAGUAUUCAAGAACAAACACAGCAAAUGCCUAUUGCUAAGAGGCAGCAGUGACUCCUUGGUGAGCUGCUUCCUAUCUGAAUAUAUUGUUACUGGACAAGAUGCAGGAGAAAUUCCCCAUCUUUAUUCUGAUUGCAGCUGGACUAUCAGAUUUAUCUGGUGCCUCCAGGAGCAAACAUCACGUCAGUGAAGUAUUAGGCCUGAGCUUUCCUGGAGAAGCCCAGCCAAGAGCUGAGAGCAGCCCAGUGCCCAGCGAAGUGUUUUCCAUUACAGAAGAUAACUCAGAUGAGGUGACCUUUAAUUUUCAGAGUCCAGCAGUUGAUCCUACCAAUGAAACGACAGCUGAGUUCAUUCCUGUCCACACAGAGACAGCUGUAAAAAGAACAGCCUUGCUGCCUAAGGAAUUGGUUAGAAACUUGGAGGUGCCUGAGCAACUGUACACAGAAGCAGCAGCUUUAAAACUCCAGGAUGGACACAUAUUUGCUAGCAAGCUCUUGAGUAGCAUAAGCACCCCUGUCUCCACACAAGGAUCACAGGCUACCAUGCGUCUCAAACAGCCAGACAGGUCACUGCAAGGAAAACCAGAAAAUAUUACUGAGGCUGGUUUCAGUCCUACUAGCUCUAGUGCUGGGCUGCCCCAGCCCUUUCUCAGUGGAAGGACAUAUCAAGACUCUCCCGAGUUCACAGGUCUCUCUUCCAUUCCUGUUAUCAUGCAGAUGGAGGUGCCAAGUCCUAAAAUGUCUCUUCUGACUUCAACGGUAAAUUUUCAUCCUCCAAGAAAAGAAAUAGCAGCAUCUCCAUUUCCCACCAGAGUUAAGGUUGCUCUUGAAAGUGCAAGGCUGGAUUGGUUACCAACAGGAAUGCCUCCCACUAGCAAAAGGCCAAAAGACACAAAUCCGCAAGUCCAGCCUGACAGCAAAGCUGGUGUGACACCUGCAUACCUGAAGAAGACUCAGAAUAUGGAUGCUAAAUUUACAACUUCUGCAUUCCUACAAAAGCCAGCUUCAGGGGGCCUUGAUGCAGUCUAUUCCAGAAUGACACAGACAAAUGCUAUUCAGUUUUCCCCUAUUUUAUCUCUGAAGCAGGAGACAACAGGGAGUAAAGCCAGAAACUCAACAAUAGCUGUAAUAAAUGGUUCUGGACACACAACCCAGUUGCCUGCUCUUCAGACGCUCCCACAAGGCAACAUACAUUCUUCUUCAUUAUUGAUGCAUCUGGAAGCUCUAGUUCGUGAUGACUUACUUCCAUCUCCAUUUCAAGGCCCCAUUAGCACAACUGUUAGACAAGAGCCCCUCUCUUUGUCCCAGACUCUCAACUGUACUGAACAACAUGUUUCCCCACAAACCAACAGGAGCUCUCAAGAAAUUGCAGUUCUAGUUUUGCAAAGAGAUACUGAUCAUAGGACAAUGACAAGUAAACCUGAAAAAUCCAGAUCCCCUGAGAGCCCACAGACUUCUGCUAAUUCAUCCUCAUUAAGCCAGUUGUGGAUUUCCACAUUAAAACUUUCCCAAACUACUGAAGAGCUAAAAGGAGUAACACCUGCACUCUUACCAGGUAGGUCUACCUUUGAGAAUGCAGCCCUUCAACCUGUAAGCACUUUUGAUUCUGUUCAUGCAGGGCUUCAGUCACCAGGUGCAUCUUUUCCUGCUUAUGUUGGAUUGCAGCUAAUGGGCAUCCCCACCUCUGCUGAGAAAGGACUUCACAUAUCAACUUCAUCCAUGUCUACUGGUUCUGGGCCUCAGGUUCAAGGCAUUUCUGCCCAUCCUGUAACUCAGGAAGCCUUCCCUAUGAUGCUGCAGAUGAGCACAGUGGAAGACUCCAAGAGAAAGAAAAGUCUUCUGCAACAGAUAGGUAAAACUGGUUCUCCCCCACUGACUCUACAAGCCAGCCCAGUCCCCACCCCCUCUGGACUGCAUGACAAUGGCAACCAGAAAGUUCCUCUUCACACCUUUGCCCCUUCAGCCUCCCAGAUCCAGCAAGCUGGCAGCCUGGCAGCUUUUGCUUCAAAACUGCCCUCACUCCAUGCACAGGGAAGCCAGUCCAGCUCAACAACAGCACAUCCCGAACUGGUGGUGCCCAGUGUUUCUGAUGAGAUCCCAGCAUACCUGGCACAAGAACUAGUGCAGCAGAUUGAUAUGUCACAUGAUGCAGCUACCAAAAACCUCAGUGCUUUUAGAGCUGAUCAACUUACAACGCUACCAACAUCCCUGUACUUGUCCUUUCUGCUGAAAAGUACUAAUGGCAUGCUAUGCCUGCAGCCCAUGCAAGAUUCCCCUCUACCUACAAAAUUCCAAAAUAUCAGCUUUGAGGGUCUGGUUUCCAUUCAGCAAAUCCUGGCAGCAGCAAAUUCUUCAGCGCUGGACCUUGCAAACUUACAACAUCUGAGUCCUUCUAGCUUAAUUCUGGUUAAGCCUGUGUUUAUCCUUUUGCCCACUGACAGACCAGAUUUAGAGAUGGCGCCCUCUCCUGCAGGUGAAGAUGACCACAAAACUGCCUUCAUGUUCACAAACAAGCAAAAUCUGAAUGUGGGUAUGCCUGAAAGCAGCCAUGCUCUCCCAAUGAAAACUAGUUCCUCUUAUCCCACUGGUAAGUCUUUGAGGCCUGAAACUACUAUCUCCACUGCGUCUAACCAACAAGCAGAGAAAACAAAAGUAACUUCUCAGCCAGUGCUAACUAAUCCUAAUUCUACAGUCAUCACUAGUUUGUUUCAAGCUGUUACCUCGGCAUCAAAUCAUUUGCUGGACCCAUGGAUGAGGAUUAGCCCUACAGUGCAGGCCAUCCAUCUGCAUGGGCUGCCUAAAGAGAUGCAGAUACCUGCUCCCAAUUCCCAAGAGGCCAAGGGGACUGAUUUGCUUUUACUUAACGGUAUGUUAGCAGAGCCCUUCACCUCCACUGCGCCGCCAUUAGUGGUAUCUGCACAGCAUAGGCCCCGUACUUCCCCUGAAGUAUUUUUCACCGCUGAAGAGCCACAUUAUUCUUCUGUAAUUCCUUUACUGUCAACAAAGGGACUCCCUGAUUUUCAAAUGCCUUCCCAACCUCCAUUUACUACCACAGGGACUGUAGAUCAGGUUCAGCACAGUAAGAAACUAAUGCUGCAAACUACUGGCCAUCACCAAGGUUUGACGACCGCACCUUCCUCUGUCCAUGCACAAUGCACAGAGUGUUUGACCUUGCGGUCAGCUAGAACCAUAAAAUACCCAUUAAAGAUGUUCACAAGCAUCAUGCCUUUGCAGUCCACAUCGCAAAGUCUCCAAAAUACUGAGUCACUUAAAAGGCUGCCAUCACGAGUUCAGUUUGUACCCAGCAUGUCAUCAGCUUUAUCAGUGCCUCCAGCUGGAAAUGAUCACAAAGAUUUAGAAGUGGGCAGCGUGGCCUGUUCAGGGGGAAUCACUGUGAGUGCUAAAGCAGCACAAACCCACACCACUUCUAUAAAAUCUGAUCUUACUAAACAUUUGGAAUUUACUCCCAUUGUGCCCAAGACCUUUAAAAUGACAGAGAGACCAACAAUAGCACCAGUGCAUUCUCCGUUUUCAACAAAGGUCCAAAUAAAAACAACAGUUUCUGGGAAACUUCUGGCUACAAUUACCCAUCCAAGGAUGUAUACCAACUCUCCUGCAAGCCCACCUUUGCCUGUGUCUACACAUGUUCCCCUGCUAUCAGCCAUGAAACAUGACCACAUCCAUCAAGGCCCUACUAAACUGUUCUCACAGGCCAACAUGGGAGAAAAUACAAAGCCAACUGAAAUCAGCACAAGUGCAAGAAAAAUAGAAACUGGUAAAUUCCUGGGAACAAGCAUGUCUCUGUCAGCCAUGUUUAACACAAGAACACAGCAACCACCCCCAGCAGUUCUUGGGAAUAAGGUGAUUUUAACUCCGGUACAACCAUCUGUGUCUGCAGGAUCUAUUAUUGCUCUUGAAAGACAGCCUAAAUUGACACAGACCAAAUCACAGUCUCCACUAGCAAUCACUUCUCUCUCUGCAGCUAAGAAUGAUUAUAUCUCUAUUCCACUUACAAACAAAAAAGUGUUUUACCUGCCAACACCAACUAUCCGAUCUGAUCCAAACAUGGUGCUGCCUACAAUUGCCAGAGUGAACAAAUCAACUGUGGUCUCUACAUCAACAGGGAAGAGUGAGGACAUGUUAGUGAAAGGAGAUGCAGCCACCACUAGCCAGCUGCCCAGUCAGGCACACAUGUCUUCAUUACAUCAAGCAUCAGCAAGACACCCUUUGGAGAAGGUAUCACUGGAAGAUAACAUUGAACAUGAGACUGGUCAUUCCAGCCCUGACACUGUUAUCUAUGCCACUGGGCCAUCUACAACAAAAGCAUUUUCUGUCUCUGCUAAUAGGUUUGUAAAUAAGAUUACUAAUCAUUCAGCUGUCAUCAACAAAGUAGCUGUCAAUGACACUGAGAUGCUUCUAGCAAGAGAUCUAAUCCAGUUCCUUCCAACCCCAGAGAGCCCCUCACAUUCUUCUCAGAGUCUGGUAGUGCUUACGCCACAGGGGAAUUCCUUGCUGGGUGUUGCAAACACUGGACAAUCUGAGAGGCUGUUCUUGAACACAGAGGCAGAGGAGAUGGUUAGAACAAAUGAAGUAACAGAAGAAGCAGAUGAAGGCUUAGUAACUGUUCUAACACUGCUGGAUUCAGAGCCCAGUGCACUGCUGAGUGAAUCACAUCAGAGGAAGGUUUUGCAAUCAGAUGCCACCAUUCUGAAUGGCCUUGCAGUUGUGAGUGAUGAUGUCUGCGGCUCUGGUAACUACACCGUGCAGAUGAGCUUGCGUCCUGUUGCAGAAGCAGGCCCUGAGGUUGAAGGGUCGGCUCCUUCCGAAGAGACUUUCCUGGCUUUAAUCGCUGUGCAGACUAACAGCAGCCAGCCUGUGCUCCAGAUCCAGUCGUGCUGCGUGAUGCCUGCCGCCAGCCCGGGGGGACCAGGUGGCAUGUGCUGCCUGUUCCGCAGGUUGCCAUUUGAAUGCAGACACAUCCAGUUACUACACAGCAGUAAGUCCACAGCUGCUAGCUUCACCAUCCAGCCGUUCCAGAUGCUGAACCACUCAGUGGCCUAUUUGCACUGUCAGCUUAAUGUCUGUCCGCAUGGCAAAACAGGAUGUGAACAGGACUGCUUUGAAAGUAUGGAGCCACUUCUCCAGCCAAGAGACAGGAACAGCUAUGAAAACCUGCACAACCUGAUCUCAUUUGGUCCGGUUUUGAGAAUGAAGAACAGGUUUCUAUAUAAACCUGUGGAAGGUCCUGAUUCUGCCAUGCUGGUACCCAUUCUGCUGGGAUCCCUUACUGGCUUUGCUGUCUUGGGCAGUGCUUUCGUAAGCCUUUGGCUGCAUCAUAGACAGAAAACCAAAAACAUACGCUAUCCACAACUUGGAGAAAUCCAUGGCCUGUGAACCAUGAGCAGCUGACUGGUCCUGCACAUCCCACGGCACUGCUAAAAUGAUCAGAAAACCAAUUGAUUUUGCUUUGCACGUGGUAUUGCUUUUGUAGAGCUGCUGCUGACCCAGAGAGCAAGAUAUCCAAUCUCUGCUUUAAGCAUGUCUCUCCUUCCUUUCUUUCCUUCUGCAUGAGCAAGUCCACAAACUGCAGAGUAGAGGAAGAAUUGUAGUAGUGGUCCAGCUAUAAGGGAGAGCAGAGCUUAAAAUGCAGUAUGUGCAAGCACCAGCACACAGUCUGAUCACAGAAAUGGGAAAGCAGACAAUAAAUCAGUGUGCAGAAGAGCCACGUAAAAUAAAGCGCUGUAGACUAGAGCCAUGCCAUCAAGGAGAAUAGAUUGUUAGGAAAAAUGAUGAAACCCAAGUUUGUUGAUUGGGAAUGUGGACAGGACCCAAGAGCUCCAGAGAUCCAGCCACUCAGCUUUAUAGCUUUUCUCAUGUCUAAGGAGCCAAGUCCCUUUAUCCUUUUGCUUUACUCAUGUUACUGUUUCCUCACUUUCAGUGGAAGGAAGUUUCCACUGACUGCCUGUUGGUAAAACCCACAUAGUGGGAGAAAGUUAAGAAUGCAAAAGCGUUGUCUGUAAGGCUGAAUUUGAGAGCACAUAAAAAGAACUCGCCACAUUCAACUUCUAGGUCCAGUUUCUUUACAGUUGUUGCCAGAAUGCAGGCAGGAAGGGGGCCACUGCCAGAGCACCUUGUGUCAAAUGCAAUGGAGAAGUAGCUUGCACUUCCACCUGGAUCAGUCUUCCUCCAAGAAUUUCUUCAGAUCGGAUAUGCAGCUAAAAAUUCCAGGUCAAGACUCAAUGACAAUUACCCUUCAGAAAUACUAAUUAUUAUUGGUAUUGCAGUAGCACUGAGGAAACCAGCACCAUGUUGUAUUUGACAUUGACUUACCUACAGAGAUAGUCCCUGUGCUAAGUCUUGAAAGACAUGUAUGCACAAGACCCAGACGAGUGUCAUUAAACCCUUUUUACAGCUGGGGAGUCAAGGCAUAAAGCAACUAAAAGCAUGCAUGCAUUAAUACCCUGAUAUAGCCAGGAAGGAGUUCAGCUCUCCUGUGCCUCGACCCUGCUCUUUAACCAAAGGACUGUUCUCUUUCCUGAAAUAAGUUUGUAAAUGGGUCUCUGAGACUGACCUGGCAGGUUCUGUACAAAAUACAGCAAAAGGAAUAACAACAUAAAAAGCCGUACUGCAUUUUGCACUAAAAUGCACCUGAAAUGCAGUUACGUUUGAAGUAUAGCAGCUUCUUAGAAAGACAAAUACAAGAGCUUUGUGGUUCUGAGGAAGUCUGGCACGUUGCCCAGGUACAGCCACGGGUAGAGUGGGGUGCCGCAUCCUGGACACCACAGCUGACACGAUGGAGGCCAUGACUGGGGGGGGGGAGGGGGGGUCAGCAGCUGCCUUGCAGCAAGGUGUCAGCAAUCGUCUUGGCAAUGAGAGUUGGCAACUAUUUUUGGGGACAGGUUGGGAACUGUCUUCAAGGGGAUUGGCAACAGCCUUUUUGGGGACAGUAAUCAAGCAUCUCAGGGAAGGGCUGUUCAGCAUUCAUCUUGCAGUGGGGGGAACA